GAUUUCACAUAUAAUUGGAAAUUGGCUUGUCUCGUUUCAGCGAUCACUCAGGGAUCGUACAUCAGAUACUACACGGCCGUCUGGUACGACACCGCGGCCCUGAAGGAGCAUCGGAGCAGAACUCGUCGUGACGCUUCUUCGAGCUCCGGCUAUCCGGGAGACGCGACGCUGAAUCUACGUCUUCACGCUCUCGACAGGGUGUUCAAGAUGAGGCUUAUCAGAGACACGAGCUUAUUCCACGAAAAUGUCGUCUUCGAGGGAUCGAACGGCCGACAAAUUGCUUUCGACCCGAUGCAUGCCUAUAGCGGAACCUUGGAGGACGACGAGAACUCGUCCGUAUACGGGAUGGUGACGGAGGAAGGGCUGUUCGAUGGAACGAUCUCGACGGCGUCGGGCGAGAUCUACAUCGAGCCAACCAGCAGAUACGCUCCCCCCGUGUGCCACAGGCAAGACGGCGGGGAUAAUGACACGACAGACGCCAUGCAUCACCAUACGAUCGCGUACCGUUCCGUGGACGUGAACAUCCCCCGCCGCAGCGGAUAUCCGUGCGCGAGCGAGCUGUUGCGAGGGAACACGUUAAAUGAAUUAAGGACGACGAACGGGACGUGGAGCGGAUAUCUCGGGGAGCGGCCGCUCUAUCAAUACGAGGGGAAGCCCCGUGCCAAGCCCGGCUUGUAUCCGAAAGACGUUAGGAAGAAGGACCCGAUGGCGAGCUCGCAUAAUUUAGAGGUGCUCGACAGAUUGUACAGGGAGCGAUAUUCGAGAGUGCUCCGCAAACGAACCUCGGUGGAUCCAAAGAAGACCACUUGUAUGUUGUAUCUGCAAGCGGAUCACACGUUCUUCAAUCAUUACAAGUCGGAAGAGGCCAGCAUCGAGGUGAUGACUCGCCACGUGCAACGUGUCAACUCUAUAUAUAGGUAUACAGGUGUGUUGGAAAAUACCACUAUAGCUGAUAUACCUAGGAAUCGAGAAACACAACCGAAGCAGCAACCGACCAUGACGUAUUUGCCGCGGGCAUCUAGUAACCAAAUAUGCCUCCUGAGAUACGCCACACCGCAAACACAAAACUUGCUGAAACUGAAAACUUUUUUUCCAGAGGAGGACUACGACGCGUUUUGUUUGUCGUACAUGUUCACGUAUCGUGACUUCGAGAAGGGAACUUUGGGCCUGGCGUGGACCGGCGAUCUGAAAAACGCGGGCGGAGUUUGCGAGAAAAACGGGCACUACAGAGGUAGCAUGAAAUCGCUGAACACAGGUAUAAUCACCCUCCUCAACUACGGCAAACACGUACCACCGACGGUUUCUCACGUCACCCUUGCUCACGAGAUCGGUCACAACUUCGGAUCCCCUCACGAUCCGGACGAGUGUUCACCAGGCGGGGAGGACGGAAAUUUUAUAAUGUUCGCAAGAGCCACUAGCGGGGAUAAACGAAACAACAAUCGGUUCAGCCCUUGCAGCCUGGUCUCCAUAAAUCCAGUUCUAAAUGCCAAAGCCCGCUCCUCUAAAGGGUGCUUUGCCGAGCCUCAAAACGCCAUCUGCGGGAACGGCGUGGUUGAAGAUGGCGAGGAAUGCGAUUGCGGAUGGGAGGAGGACUGCAACGACCCUUGUUGCCAUCCCCAACGGCUCCAUCACGCUCUUCACGAGCUACCUUGUCGUCUUGCCGAUGGUGCAGUGUGCAGCCCCAGUCAAGGCCCUUGCUGCACAUCCGGUUGCACCCUGCGCAACGGCGAUAAGUGCAGGGACGACAACGGUUGCAGAGACGCGAGCUUUUGCGACGGGCGUAGCCCCCAGUGUCCGCCAUCCAUCAACAAGCCCAACAAGACCAUAUGCAACGAGGAAUACGUCUGCUACAUGGGGGAAUGUACCGGCAGCAUUUGCCUGGCUUACGGAUUGGAAUCCUGUCAGUGCAUCGCGGGACCCGACGAUCCCCCGACCAAAAGCUGCGAACUCUGCUGCAAAUUGCCAGGAGAGGAUCAACCGUGCCUAUCAUCGUUCGCAUGGAAUUCAGCGCCUUACGAUAUUCCUGACAUGCUGUCGAAGCCAGGCACGCCAUGCAACGAUUACAAUGGCUAUUGCGACGUCUUCCAAAGAUGUCGAGAGGUGGAUCCCAGUGGACCGCUGGCAACUUUGAGAAGGCUACUUUUGUCGGAUGCCAGCCUAGCGAACUUCCAACGUUGGAUGAUCGAUCGGUGGUACAUUGUUGCGGCAAUUAUUCUCGUCUUGCUGUUGAUCUUGGCGUUCCUGGCGUGUUUCCUGGCGAAACGGCGGGACAACCGUCGUGCAACGAGGAGUGGAGGAGGCGAGGCGAGAAACACGAGAAGCGAGGAGCGCUCGUCCGUGCGGAAGAUACAAUCUAUGGACAUUUCGUGGUUGAAAAGGAGGAUCGUCGAGGCGAUGAAGAGCGUCGCGUCUCCGCGAUGGAAGAGGGACGGCACGUUCCUCGCAAGGAUUUCUCGACUGGUGGCCAGAGAUUCGGCGGCGGCCACCUCCGCCGAGGGGGAGCAGUGCUCGACCGAGGUGGAGAAGUUGUGCAAGGGUGGCGGUGAUAAAACGGGGGAGGAGGCCGGUAAAGAGGAGGAGAUGGACGUUUGGAGGCGAGUUCGCUCGUUGUUGGCGGGGAGUCGAGGAAGAAAAUCGGGCGAGAACGGUGAAUCGGUGAACCGUGGCCCCGGUUGGAGGAAAAGCGUCCAAGUGGAGAGGCUGUGCACCGGUUCUAAGGUGAUCGUGAAGUCUUGCAGGAGAAGCGACAGAUGCCAAACCGAGCCUCUCGUGAUACCUGACACCCCGGAUACCCCUUGCGAGGUGUCAGAGAUGAGAUGUCAAACGUCGGAUUUGACCGUGUUGCUCUCCGAUAGUUAGUUUCGAAGAAGUUUCGUGAAUAACGUGAAUCGGUGAAUACUUGCAAGUUCCUUCGUUGUACUUUUUG